CGAUACUUAACAAGUAUGCAUUUUUCAUACCCGAUACUUACUUGUUUCUUUAUAAGUACAGAGCAGUAUUUUGGCGGUGAAUUGGAUCUGAAUUUAUUUUGCAUUGUGGUUUGUGAUUUGAAAGUGGAAUUGAUUGUAGUAGGAUAAGUUUGGGGUUUGUUGUGGAUGGCAUCUCCUCCAUUUGAGGUGGAGGAUCAGACCGACGAGGAUUUCUUUGAUAGAUUGGUUAAGGAUGAUGAUGAGUUUGAUUUCACUGGAUCUGGUUCUAAUGUUGGUGUAGGAGGUUCCAGUUCGGAUGAACUGAAAACGUUUUCUAGUUUAGUUGUUAGUGAAGUGGCCUCCUCGGGAGUGGAGGUAGAGCCUGGUGGCAAUAGUUUUAUUGGUUUUGGUGGUGGUCGAGCUGAAAAGGGUGGUGGUCGAGCUGAAAAGGGUGGUGAAGAUGGUGCUGAUUUGGCAUCAUUGGAUGUUAAGGAGGAUAAUGUUGUUAAAGGGAGCAUUAGUAUAAUGCAACCCAAUCUAAAUGAGUCUAGUAAAAAGGGGAUUGUAGAGGAGGGUGCACCAGAUGAGACAAUGGAUGAGGUGGGUGUAGCUUCAGGUAGUGGUGCAAAAGAGGUUCAGUGGAGUUCGUUUAAUUCUGAUGGGAAUGUUCAUGGUGUUAGUGGACGUGGGUCAUACUCAGACUUUUUCAAUGAGUUUGGUGAUAAUUCUGAGGAUCCUUUUACAGCUUCAGGGAGUAAGGAUUAUUCUGGUGCUGAAUUUACUGCUACUGGUGAUGUAUCAGGAAAUUUGGCUACUGAUAUGGGUUCUUCCAGUCAUUUACAAAAUCAUGAAGGCUCAGGAUCUGGGCAGUAUACGGGUGGGCAGGAUUUAAGUAGUAGUCAGUACUGGGAAAAUCUUUAUCCAGGAUGGAGAUAUGACCCUAGCACUGGGCAAUGGCAUCAGUUGGAGGAGUCUGACACAAAUGCGACAACAAAUGCCACCACUAGCCAUGAGGUUAUUUCAAACCAAAACUCCAAUGCUUUUUAUUUCCAACAAACAGCUCAGUCUGCAACAGACAGCAUAUCUGGGUACAGCGCAACUGCUAGUGUUUCUGACUGGAACCAGAAUCCACAAGGAAAUACUGAAUAUCCGACACAUAUGGUGUUUGAUCCUCAGUACCCUGGUUGGUACUAUGACACAAUUGCCCAGGAAUGGAGGACAUUGGAAUCAUAUGCUCCAGCUACAGAGCAGUCAGCAAACAUAGACUAUAAUCAGCAAUAUCAAGAUACAAAUUUCGAAAAUUAUGGAUCCCAAGGCAUAGACUCUCAAAAUAAUGUUAUGAGUUGGAGUGAACCUACUAACCACUACACUCAGCAGGACAUGAAUAUUUGGCAAACUCACUCGACUUCUGAGAAUGGAAUGGCUGUUUCUUCUGAAUCCAAGCAACAAGAAAACCUAUAUGGCACCCCUGGUCAUGUAGGCAAUCUAGUUGAACAAAAAACAGGGACUGAACCUUCUAGAUUGGUUGCUUUGUACAAACAGUCAAGUCAGAUGGUUGAUUCCAGCAAUGACUCCAGAUUUCAGAGCUUUAUUCCUGCACAACAGUAUUCUCAGCAUCAUAAUCAGAGAACUAUUGAGUCAAGCCAUCAGAUGCAGUUCAAACCUGCUUAUUUUGACACUCAGAAAUCCAGUAAUUAUUCUCAUCACUCCCUCCAGAGUGGUUCUCAAUUCACUUUAGCAACCAAAGAUAGAGGGUCUUCUGCUGGUCGCCCUCCACAUGCUUUAGUCACUUUUGGAUUUGGUGGGAAACUUAUUGUCCUGAAAAAUAAUACUUUGUCUCACACAAGCUCAGCUUAUGAAAGUCAGGGCUCUCCAGCAGGUGUGAUCAAUGUUCUGAAUUUGAUGGAAGUUGUCAUGGGAAACACUGAUGCUUCAUUCCUUGGGUUGGAUGCUUGUGAUUACUUUCACACAUUGUGCCAGCAAUCUUUUCCUGGCCCAUUGGUCGGUGGAAAUGUUGGAAACAAGGAGGUGAACCGGUGGAUUGAUGAAAGGAUUGCUAGCUGUGAAUCUUCAAACAUGGACUACAGAAGAAGAGAAACAUUGAGGUUGCUUUUAUCUUUACUGAAAAUAGCCUGUCAGCAUUAUGGAAAACUUCGUUCUCCCUUUGGCGCUGAUGAGACAUUGAAGGGAAGUGAUUGCCCAGAGUCAGCUGUUGCCAAACUUUUUGGGUCUGCAAAAGGAAAUUGGGUACAAUCAAGUGAAUUUGGUGCUCUUCGUUACUGCUUGCAAAACUUGCCUUCUGAAGCACACAUGCAGGCUACUGCUUUUGAGGUACAGAAACUUCUUGUCUCUGGCAGGAAAAAAGAAGCCUUAGAACGUGCACAGGAAGGUCAACUAUGGGGACCUGCUCUAGUUCUUGCAUCUCAGCUUGGUGAUCAGUUCUUUGGGGAGACAGUGAAGCAAAUGGCAGUUAAGCAACUAAUGGCUGGAUCUCCAUUGCGGACAUUAUGCCUGCUAAUUGCAGGGCACCCUGCAGAUGUAUUUUCCAGUGCCACAACCAGUAGUAGCAGUCUCCCUGGUUAUGCUAAUAUGCCUGCUCAGUUUGGAGCUAAUAUGCUGGAUGAUUGGGAGGAGAACUUAGCUGUCUUAACAGCAAAUAGAAUAAAGGGUGAUGAGCUUGUUAUUAUUCAUCUUGGAGAUUGCUUGUGGAAGGAGAGGGCUGAGGUUAUCGCUGCACACGCAUGUUAUUUAGUUGCAGAAGCCAACUUUGAGCCAUUUUCAGAGAGUUCAAGACUUUGUCUUAUCGGUGCUGAUCACUGGAAAUUUCCUCGAACUUUCGCCAGUCCUGAGGCUAUUCAGAGGACUGAAGUUUAUGAAUUUUCAAAGGUGCUUGGGAAUUCUCAGUUUCUCCUUCUACCUUUUCAACCAUACAAGCUUAUUUAUGCCUACAUGCUUGCUGAAGUUGGAAAAGUUGCUGAUUCUUUGAAGUACUGUCAUGCCAUCUUAAAGUCCCUAAAAACUGGUCGAGCACCAGAGGUUGACAUUUGGAAACAGUUAGUGUCUUCUCUUGAGGAUCGAUUAAGAAUCCACCAGCAGGGUGGUUAUAAUACGAAUCUGGCACCAACCAAACUUGUGGGUAAAUUGCUUACCUUCUUUGACAGUACCGCUCAUCGUGUUGUUGGAGGCCUUCCUCCACCUGUCCCUUCAACAGCACAUGGUAGCAUUCAACAGAAUGAAUUUAGUUACCACCUUGGAGGCUCAAAAGCAUUAGGUGGUUUAUCAACAACGCCUGCACCAUCCUUAAUGCCUUCUGCAUCAAUGGAACCUAUAAGUGAAUGGACUGGUCAGGACAGCUACUCUAUAAUGCCCAAUAGAAGCAUUUCCGAGCCAGACUUUGGUAAAAGCCCAAGAAAGGUCAAUACUCAGGUCAAUACAUUGAACAAAGCAAACUCAUCUGAGACUCAAGAAAAGGCUGAUGCAUCUGGUGGAUCAUCUCGUUUUGGUCGUUUUGGUUCACAGCUGUUCCAGAAGACUGUAGGGCUUGUCUUAAGAUCUCGACCCCACCAACAGGCUAAACUGGGGGAGAAGAACAGAUUCUAUUAUGAUGAAAAGCUCAAGCGAUGGGUUGAGGAAGGAGCAGAACCUCCCACAGAUGAAGCAACCUUGCCACCACCACCCACAACAUCAGCCUUCCAGAAUGGAAUGCCUGAUUAUAGUAAAAAUGAUACACCUAAAAUUGAAAGCUUCCAUACAAGUAGUGGUUCAGAGAUUAAAAGCCUAGGCUCUUCUGAACGUAAUUCAGGAAUUCCACCCAUUCCACCCAGUUCAAACCAGUUUUCUGCACGUGCACGUAUAGGUGUUCGGUCCAGGUAUGUUGACACAUUCAACAAGAGUGGUGGGACACCAGCAAGUUUAUUCCAGUCACCUUCUGUUCCAUCCGCAAAACCUGCAGGUGGUUCUAGCCCUAAGUUUUUCAUACCAGCUCAAGUUACCUCAUCUACAGUCAGCCCAAGUGACGAGGUGGUUCAAAACUCUGGAGAAAGCACACCAGAAACUUUUGUGAACAAUGCAAAUCCUUCAACAUCUUUUAAGGAGGAUUCAUCUGUGCCUCUAUCAUCAUCAUUAUCAAAAUCAGUAUUUCCAUCAUCAGUAACCAUGCAACGAUAUCCUAGCAUGGAUCAUAUUAUGCAGAAGAAGGCAGGAGUGGCAGAUGAUAAAAAUUCAGACCUUCCACACUCUAGACGAACGGCAUCAUGGAGUGGAGGCCUAGGCCUCAGCAGUCCUAAGGAACUAAAACCUCUAGAAGAAAUGCUCGGCACGUCAUUUUAUUCUGUCCCUUCAUUACACCAAUUUGACCCCCUGGGUGGUAAUUCCGGGGAUGAUCUUCAUGAGCUCAAACUUUGAGGCGGCAAGAAAACUAUUGUAAAUCAUUCCUCUGGCGAGUACAAUUGCGAGGACCGGGCUGGCUUAUGGGGGAGUUUUCGGUUUUUGGUGAAAUCUCUUCACUCUCUUUUCUUGUGAUACAUAUAUGUGUAAAGUAUGGUUUAAAUGCUCCUGCUUCUGCCAUUCCCACUUCAUUUUUUAAGCCUGUUAUUGCCCUGAAAACGAGUUGGGCAUCUAAUGGCAUGACAUUCCUCUUCAAAAUUUUGGUUAACAGACCUUGAGAGCCCUUGGUGGAACGAACAAGGUCCAAAGGCUUCCUACGCGUAGACAGAAACCCAGAAACUGGAAUUGCAUAGACAUUUUUAUUUAAUUCUCAAAGUAUUCUUCUCUCCUGUCAGUAUAUUCGUAAAAUAUGUUAGAAAAUAAUUCUUCUCUGGUCCAUUGUUGGACAAUAAUUGAAUAUUGGAAAAAUUAGACCUUUGCUUCACAAAGAGUUGGCUUUAAUUAUUUGCUAAUUCCAUUUUUUGUACUCGUACUUAUACUCUAUUUCCCUCGUGUUUGGAUCAUGGGAAACAAAGUUAAAAGGAAAUG